UUGAAGUGUAAAAAAGAUCAAAUCUUGAAUCAAGUAAGCAAAAAAACAUGGAAAUCUUGAUCAAGAAAGUUCAUUUUCUAGUCUUUUUGAUCAUUUUUAUGAAUUUUUCCUUUUCAAGAACCAUUUCUCAAGAAUCACAAUCAAAACAAAUCUAUUGUGGAAACAUAAAGAUUGAAGAUCCAUUUGUUUCUCAAAACUCAAAAAAUUCAUCUUUCUUGAAGGACCUUGUCCUUUGUAGAUCAAACACUUUAUACUUCAAAACUUCUCUUGGCCUUUUCCAAAUUUCUUCAAUUGAUUACAACAACAAACUUUUAACUAUUUCUCAUCCUUCUUUUUCUUGUUUGAUGAUUGAUGAUGUUCAAGAUUUGGGAAAUGAAUUCCAUCCUAAAGAAAUGAAAUGUUCACAUUAUAGAAGAGUUUAUAAAAGUAGUACUUAUGAUCAAGAUGGGAAUAAUGUGAAAUUUGAGUUAGGGACAAGGAUAUCUUGGGAUAUUGAUCAUGUACCAAAUCCUUGUGAUGAGUGUAGAAAACCACAUGGUAAUUGUGGAGUUGGAUUGAGAUGUCUUUGCCAUUUAACAGAAUGUAAGGUGGAGGUUUCUGUUGGUGCAAUUAAGAGAUCUAGUGGUACUAUGCUCUUCUCUUUGCUUUUCUUGAUUGUACUUUUGGAUCAUCUUGAAGGGGUUUUAAUGUAGUUAAAUUCUUCACUCUCGUGUGUAAAAACAAGAUGUGUUUACUUAACUUAUUUGCUAUGAGAGAGUGAAAAAUUGUCAUGAAAACUAUCAAGAUGUAUUUACUUACUUGCUAUGCCAAAGAAUGAGAAUUCUUCAUGAAGACUUUGAAGAUGUACAUUGUACUAUAUGAAAUUAUGUUGUUAUGUUGUACU